AUGGCAUCUGUAAUUGCGCCCGUCUGGACGACGCGCAAGGCAUCCAUAUUCACUCAGCAUGCCUCUGAGAAGACGCUCCGCGAUCUCUACGCGGAUGAGUUCUUCCUCGAGAAGCAACAUCUCGUCGAGGACGACCAGAUCGAAGAGCAAUAUGCCCUUGCUAUUCUGCCUAACCACUGCUUCCAGGUCGAACCUGUUUCUAUAGGCAAGCGACACGAUUCGGUCAUGAGCAACGCUCAUCCAGCAUUCGUGGCAAAGCCGGUUCAGGACAUGCAGCACGUCUGCCGACCGUACUCAGCUCAGGCUACUACACUUCUUUUCGACACAGAUGUCCCGUACGACAAUGACGAAGAAGUUGAUUUGUAUAAAGACCUUUAUCCCAUAGAGACUGAGGAGAUACCCGCGCCUGAACCCGCACAGCAGAUCAUCAAGUGCUCAUCCACUCCAGAACUGCUUGAUACCAGUGACUUCAAGCUCCAGCCUAAUCUUACUGGCCCUUUGCGCGAUCGUGUAUCUGAGAUGCUGGACUUCGACAUCUACGAAGUCCAAGAGACCGCGCCUAAGUGUGUGCCGAACCGCGAGGGCCGCCCACUGGUUUGUCCGAUACCUCUCUACACCGUGGCCGAGGUUGAUGAGCUAGGCAGUUUAUCCACGCAAGAGCUAACGCUUUUACCUAGCGAUACCAUCUUUCGUAUCUCGGCUGCUGGGUGCAACAGCGUGCUUCACCAGAUUCCCGCUCGCCCCUUCCUGCCGGGUCUCGAGCACCUCACUCGUAUCGAGAGUCACGCUGCUUUCAUUUCCUAUGAUCGCGACAUUGAGUUACUGGCGCAAUCUUCUGUUGAGUUCCUCGAUGACCAUCAUCACUUCGAGUCGCCUUGUCAGGGUGAUAAGUUUGUAGGCUAUAUGGCUCUGGAUCAGGUCAUAGCUAACUUCAACAUUGUGUCAGACAGUGUUUUUCAGCAGUAUGAUGCGUGCGACACUGUCUCAGACAUCUCUGAUGACGAGAUUGAUGAGUUAUCGAUGUCUCAACCGUCGCAGCUGACUUAUUACGAUGCUGACAGGCAACAGUUCACUGGCUACACGGCUUUCAACCAGCUCCUCAUGGUUAACAAUAACGACGACUCACUGUCGCACGUCCACCGUGAUGACGAAUACUCGGGCUCUGACUUUGGUUUCGUGGAUACUGUCCGUGAGAUGGGUGACUUGCGUGUUGUCAACGACACCACUCCAUUGCAGGGACCAGUGCCCCAGCCACGGUCACACUCACCUGACUAUGAUGGUGUAGACAUCAGCUACGACCCUCAGCGCUCAGGAAUACACACAACAGACACGACUAAGUCACGCUUAUUCGAGGACCUACAAUCGUUUGCGCGCCGUCGUUCAUCCAGAUGGCGUCCAAGCUUGAUUGUCCAGACGCAACUCAGCGACGUCAGUGAAUAUACUUCUGGUAAAGGCCAGGAUCCGUGUAGCCCGCCAUCAUUUGAUACAAUUUCCGACUUCGAGGAGUGUCGCGGCUUCGUGAAGCCAACAUCUGCUCGUCGCGCCAAUUUCCUGGACGAUGAAGACUCGGACGAUGACAUGGAUAUACCACAGUCGUCAUCUUCUGACGUGUCUAUUGACUUCACAGAGCGUCCAAGCCUUUUGAUUGCCUCAUCAACCCGUCGCGCUGGUUUUCUAGAUGACGAAGCUUCGAAUGAUGAAUCGGAAGUGUCGCAGUCAGUGAACAUUUCCAGCGUCUCCGAGACCGAGCCAACCGGUUCAAACGCUAGGUCUUCUCUGCCUGGUCCGUCUGUUUUCGAUGCAUGCGCAGACUUCACAGAGUGCAGUCGUUUCCAACAGGGAUCAGUGGCUGGGUUGGAGCUAUCUCAAUCCGCGAGCAAUACCAGUCUCCCUGGGUUCGAGCCGUCCAUUUCAGCGCCAACAUCUCCAAUCAUAGAGCAUAUCAUCACGCUCUUCGACAACCAGAUCUGGCAUCAAGGUGUGGACUUGUUCAUUGCCAUGCCGCUGACUCCAGUCGAUCCGUGUCUGCCGUCAGCUGACCAAUUCCCUCCAGCAGACAUUCUAUACUCACUCGAAACCGAGCUGUAUGGGCUCAUGGCCUCGCUAUUUAGUUGCCUCAGCAGCGACCAGUUCGCCGAAGCAUUGACGCUUGGGAGUGAUCUCCAAUGGGCCAUAAGCGCAAUCACCGGCGUGUACCCGCGCCUAGAUCUAAUGCAGCGCUUGAGCAACACUGUUGAGAUUCUCCUGAAGCGGGUUGUAGCUUUGGGCAGACGUUAA